AUGCUGCCCCGUACCACGUCGUGGGCCUGGACGCGCGGCUGCCGCGCCUACACAACGCAGGCCAGCGCGUGUACCAAGUACAUGAAAGCUACGCAUCCCGACUUUGUGGAUGCGCCUACCUCGACUACAGUUGGUGGACAACUGCAGCGAUUUGGCCAGACCACGUUGGGCACGUACAUUCGUCCGCAUGUUGUGUUUUCGCAUGGCAAGGGACUCGACUUGUACGCCCAGGUGCCUAGCAAACCUGGUGCAGAGAAGGAAUAUCGUCGGUACCUAGACUUUUCUGCAGGUAUUGCGGUCAAUUCCCUCGGUCAUGCGGAUCCUGACAUUGCGCGCAUUGCCGGUGAACAAGCUGCGACACUAGUGCACUCCAGCAAUCUCUUCUACAAUGAAUGGAGUGGCGAGAUGGCUGACAAACUUGUCGCUAUGACGCAUGAACAUGGCGGUGUCGGCCUUGCGCCUCAUGCACCGCCUGCUGCUUCCGGCGAGGAUUUGCGUGUGUUUGUAUGCAACAGUGGCACAGAAGCGAACGAGGCAGCGCUCAAGUUCGCGCGCAAGUACGCGAAGAGCAAGGAUGCCAACCGUACCGUGCUUGUGUCGUUCAAGAAUGCAUUCCAUGGUCGUACCAUGGGCGCCCUCUCUAUGACGCCCAACCCCAAGUACCAAGCGCCAUUCAUGCCUUUGAUUGGCGAUGUGCGUGUGGGAACGUACAACGAUACCGCUCAGCUUCACGACUUGAUUCGCGAGGAUGUAGCUGGCGUGAUUGUUGAGCCUGUACAGGGUGAAGGUGGUGUGUUUCCGGCUGAUGUGGCCUGGCUGCAAGCCGUUCGUCGUCGGUGUGACGAAGUCGGAGCUACGUUGAUUUACGAUGAAAUCCAGUGUGGAUUGUUCCGUACAGGUACAAUGUGGUGCCAUUCGGCGAUGCCCACUGAUGCCCACCCCGAUAUGGUGACCAUGGCCAAACCACUGGCCAAUGGCUUCCCUAUCGGUGCUGUGCUUAUGCGUCCCACCAUCGCGCAAGCGAUUGUCGCGGGUGAUCAUGGCACGACGUUUGGCGGCGGUCCGCUGACGUGCCGCAUUGCGCACCAUGUACUUGGCCGCCUCGCUGACCCGGCGUUGGUGAAGAAUGUACAUGCUAUGUCCGAGCAUCUCUUCACUCGUCUGCAGCGUAUUCAAACCUUAUUCCCUGACCUGGUCGCGGCAGAAGGCAGUCCUCGUGGACGUGGUCUGCUGGUCGGUCUGGGCCUCCAGGAGGCAUCGAAUGUUGGUCGCGUAGUGGCGCUCGCCCGCGAGCGUGGUGUAUUGCUCCUAUCGGCCGGUAGCGAUACCGUGCGCUUUGCGCCGAGUCUUACAGUGACCAAGGCGCAGGUGGACGAGGCGAUGGACGUACUGGAAAGUGUACUACUUGUACUUCGUGAGACAUCUACCUAG